CCGGCCUUCGGCAACUGAAAGAACUCUAAACAGUCUUCGUGCAUUUGCUGAUGGUUUGUUUGGGAUGAAUGGCUUCGAGGAAGUUGACUUUGCUGUCGCUCCAGAACGAGAUCUUCUUUUAGUUCCUUAUGAGAAUUGUGAUCUUUACAACGAUGUUAUUCGAGUAUUUGUAGAACAACUGGCUUUUGCUGAUGGUCCAGAAUUUCAGGAAAUGUUAACACAAGUAAGUGCCAAGCUUGGCUUUCAUGGAGCUCAACAACUGAGAUCUGACGAAAUCGAAACGUUAAUGAACAUCUGCAAGUACGAAAUGCUUUGGGACGUCGAAUCACCAAGUGCAAUGUGUUCUGCUUUUUCUGUGGGAAAUCAUCAAGUCGAUGAAUAUCACAAAGAUGUUGAUUCAUAUUUUAGAUACGGAUAUGGUUACACAGAUUAUAGAACUUUAUUUGAGAAUCUGAAUUGUCAUUUGAUUCAAGAAAUGCUAAGAUUUUUGAAAUCAAAUCUUCGAACGAAUCAUGUUGCGAGGAUUUUUAACGGUCAUUUGGUAUCAUUGAAAAUGAUUCUCGUGACCUUCGGUGCUUUUGAAGAUGAGAAUCCAUUGACCCGACACAACUUUGCACAGCAAGCUUUCAGGCAGUGGAAAGCGAGUAUCAUAAGUCCGAUGGGAGCGAACUUGGGUGUCAUUCGAUACGACUGCGAUGGCAGUGACAACGAUGUUCUGUUUCUGAUUAACGAGACACCGCUACAUAUUCCAGGAUGUCAACCAAAUGGAUUAUGUAAAAUGUCAUUUUUAAUGGAGAGAUUUGGACGUUUCUUGAAUGCAAAUUGUGAUGAAGUUUUUUGCAGAAACUCAAGAGAGUGAGUUGAAGGAUUUCUCUUAAAAGAAAACUUAAAAGAAAGAAUUUUUAAAUAAAUAUUCAACUUCACUAGAUUUCAGUC